AUGGCGGAUCCAAAAAUUGAAGAAAUCCUCGCUCCACUUCGUGCACUAGUAAAAGAACAAGGUGAUUUAGUUAGAAAAUUAAAGGAGGAGAAAGCUCCCGAGAUUGAUAUCAAAAAAGCUGUUGCAGAAUUAAAGACUAGGAAAAAGGUACUAGAAGAUAAAGAACUUAGUUUAACUCCAGCAGAAGAAUUAUUUGAUCGUGCAAAAAUGGAAGAUUUAAUUAAAAGAAGAUUUUUUUAUGACCAAUCUUUUGCUAUUUAUGGUGGUAUUACAGGUCAGUUUGACUUUGGGCCAAUGGGCUGUGCUUUAAAGAGUAAUAUGAUCCAAUUAUGGAGAAAGUACUUUAUUCUUCAGGAACAAAUGCUAGAAGUUGAUUGUUCAAUACUAACUCCUGAACCUGUGCUUAAAGCAUCUGGUCAUGUGGAAAGAUUUGCUGAUCUUAUGACUAAAGAUGUCAAAAGUGGCGAAUGCUUCAGGCUUGAUCACCUUAUUAAAGCACAUUUAGAAAAAAUAAAAAGUGAAAAAAAUACACAAGUAGAGCUUAAAGCAGAGAUAGAAGAUAUUCUAGUAAAGCUAGAUGGUAUGAAUGCUGAUGAAAUGUCGGCAUUGAUGAAAAGGUUUGAUAUGAAGUCUCCUAUUAGUGGUAAUGACCUUACACCACCAAUUGAAUUUAAUCUUAUGUUUAAUACUCAAAUUGGUCCAUCAGGCUUAGUUAAAGGUUUUCUCAGACCUGAAACAGCUCAGGGUAUAUUUGUCAACUUUAAACGUCUUUUAGAAUUUAAUCAAGGCCGUCUCCCAUUUGCUGCAGCUCAAAUUGGUAACUCAUUCAGAAAUGAAAUAUCUCCUCGUUCUGGAUUGUUAAGAGUAAGAGAAUUUACUAUGUGUGAAAUAGAACAUUUCUGUGAUUCUAAAGAUCACCCUAAAUUUGAGUCUGUUAAGGAUACUCAAAUGCUUCUAUAUUCUGCAGACAGUCAAGAACAAGGUAAACCAGCUGUAAUAAUGACUAUUGGUGAUGCUGUCUCUAAAGGCAUUGUUAAUAACGAGACUCUGGGAUAUUUUAUGGCUAGAAUCCAUUUAUAUAUGAUAGCUGUUGGUAUUGACCCAAAGAAACUUAGAUUCAGGCAGCAUAUGGGCAAUGAAAUGGCUCACUAUGCUUGUGAUUGUUGGGAUGCUGAGUGUUUGACAAGUUAUGGUUGGGUAGAAUGUGUAGGCUGCGCUGAUAGGUCGGCAUAUGAUCUUACUCAACAUACUAAGGCAACUGGUAUAAGAUUAGCUGCAGAAAAGAAACUUCCUGCCCCUAAACAGAUAGAAAUUGUAGAAGCUAUUCCAAAUAAAGCUGCAAUUGGUAAGGAAUUUAAAAAAGAUGCUAAAGCAAUAAAUGAUGCUCUAGCGUCAAUGGAUUCUAAUGCACUUGAAGAACUCCAAAGUAAAUUGGAAAGUGAUGGAGAGUUUAUUCUCUCUACAUCAAAUGGUGAAUUUAAACUCAAUCCAAAUCUGGUCAGCGUUAAGAAAAGUCAAAAAACAGUUCAUGUUGAAGAAAUCAUACCCAGUGUUAUUGAGCCCUCAUUUGGUAUUGGAAGGAUCCUCUAUUCUAUUUUAGAACAUAACUUUAAAAUGAGAGAUGGUGAUGAACAGAGGACUUAUUUCUCUUUGCCAGCUGCUGUGGCACCUAUGAAGUGUGCUGUUCUACCUCUCAGUGGCAAUGCUGAGUUCCAACCAUUUGUCAGAGAUCUAAAUCAAGAAUUAACUUCUGUGGAUGUUUCUCACAAAGUUGAUGACUCCUCUGGAUCCAUUGGUAGAAGAUACGCCAGAACAGAUGAACUUGGCGUUCCCUAUGCUAUCACUGUAGACUUUGAUACAAUGAAAGAACCCCAUAGUGUUACUUUAAGAGAAAGGGACACCAUGGGACAAGUAAGACUGCCAUUAGCUGAGGUGGCAGCAGUUGUACGAGAUUUGGCUAGUAGUAAAAUAUCAUGGAAAAAUGUGGAAGAAAAAUAUCCUAAGUUUGAACAACAAGAAAAUGUAAAAGGGGCAGCUGCG